AUGAUUUUAAUCUCGUGGAAUUGCAAGGGGGUGGUAAACAGACGUGUUAAGAAUCACGUUAAAGAGCUUCUUACAACGUCUAAAGCCGACGCCCUUUGCCUCCUCGAGAUUCGUUCUCCCAAGGUUGAGGGCAUGGUUAACAUGGCCAGUAAGCUUGGGUUUUCUAACCAUUUAUUGGUCGAGCCUAUUGGUUUUGCAGGUGGUCUGCUUCUUUUAUGGAAACAGGGUCAAAUCGAUUUCGAUAUUAUUAAUCAUUCAUCCCAGGCUAUUCACGCGAAGAUUAAAAAUAGGCCUGAUGAGUGCUUUGUUACUUUUGCCUAUGUUAGGCCUAAUUUGAUGGCUAAGAAUAGAUUUUGGGAAAGUUGCAAGCAGUUUUCCAAUUCUAUUCGAGGGGCUUGGAUACUUCUUGGAGAUCUGAACGAUAUUGCUGCUUCUGAUGAACAGUGGGGAAGUGAUGUCGUGAAUCACGUUGGUAUGCAAAGAUUUAGUGAUGCCUUUAAUGCGUGUGGGCUUUUCAAUCCGGGGGUCUCUGGGUCUAAGUUCACGUGGUGUCGUUAUGUGGGGAAUCGGGUCACUCAGUUACGCCGCCUAGAUAGGAUUCUUUGGAACAUGACUGCUUAA